AUGUCUACGUCUACCGUCAACCUCGGCACCGUCUUCAAGGGCUCUUCCUCUGGCAAGGUCGUAAAGGCUCAGGGCGGCGAGCGCACCGUCCACCCACGCGAUGUGGUGAUCGAUAUCACCCACUCGGGUCUCUGCUACACGGACAUCCACUACCUCAAGAAGGACAUGGUGCUUGGCCACGAAGGUGUCGGCAUCGUCUCGCACGUCGGCCCGGACGUGACUCGCUUCCAGAAGGGAGACCGUGUCGGCUGGGGCUACAACCACGACUCGUGCCGCAUCUGCAAGUUCUGUAAGAAGGGACGCGACACCAACUGCUACGAGAACAAGAUGUACGGCAAUGCCGACCUGGACCAGGCUUCGUUCGGUGACAAGUUUGUCGUCACCGAAGAGUUCUGCCACAAGAUCCCCGACGAUCUCGAGCUCAAGCACGCUGCUCCUUUGCAGUGCGGUGGUGCCACUGUGUUUGGCGCCAUUCACGAUGCCGGCGUCACCCCCUUUGACCGUGUCGGUGUCAUCGGUAUUGGUGGUCUGGGCCACCUUGCCAUCCAGUUCCUCAACAAGAUGGGCUGCGAUGUCGUCGUCUUCUCUGGUUCCGAGAACAAGAAGGACGAGGCGAUCAAGCUGGGCGCACACGAGUUCGUCGCUGCCAAGACCAACCCCAAGUUCGAAGGUGUCAAGCCUGUCGACUUCCUCGUGGUCACCACGAGCGCCCAGCCCGAUUGGAAGGCGUACCUCAACGUGCUCGAGAAGGACGCCACGAUUAUCCCGCUUUCGGUCGAUGGCGGCGACUUUGUGUUCCCUUACAUGCCCAUCGUCGGCAAACAGCUCAAGAUUCAGGGUUCGCUCGUGGCUACGCGCGAUGUGCACGCCAAGAUGCUGCUCUACGCUGCCCGCCACGGCAUUAAGCCCAUGAUCGAGGAGGUGCCCAUGACCGAGGAGGGCAUCAAUGACGCCGUCGAGCGCCUGAAGAAGGGCGACGUCCGCUACCGAUUUGUGGCAGUAUCGCAGACCAACAAGGUCAACUCGGCCAACCUUUGA